GCGUGGCCCGGGAGACCCAAUGAAGGUGCAUCGUUUUAGGCAGCUGCUCGCGGAGUUGUGGCCAGCCCUUUUCAAUGUUGAUCCCACUUCCCAUUGCUUUAUCAGGCAAUCCCAAGUGCAAGACGCGGCGGUGCAAGCCUUCCCGAAGCCCAAGCAUGCGAAGCGCAACGCCGCGCUAAGCCAGGGCACGCUUGACCUUGUCUUGCGGAGAGGGGGGCAUCUGUUUGAGAUAUACAAAGGGGCUAUGACCGAGAUCCCGUCAUACAGGGACGUGACCAUUUGCGAGGCGGCGUCCAAGUUGCUGCCCCUCCACAUGCGCUCACGUGGGAUGCCCGCCCUUGCAGCGACGAGUUCAAACUUGCAGUUUGGAGGUGGUCUCAACGGAGGGUCAACGGAGUUUGCCCACCUGUACAUGGUGGCGUGCAUGGACGUUGCCAGGGCUAAGAAGCUAUCCUUUGGUGCUUUGUUCGUUGACUUGCAA